AUGACAAAAUCCAUCCUCCCAGCCAUAACGCCCUACGACUCGCUCCCCGACAAAAAGCGCGUAUGGCCAAGUUCACCAAACUCCCGUGAAGAAGGGCUAGGCCGCCUAUCCCUCCUCACGCCCGAGGUAGUCGCCUCAGCAGCCCAGUGCAUCAAAACCGGCAUCAGGGUCUCUCUGAACUGGGACCUUACAAAGCUGGACAUCGCGAACUUCAACCGCGCGCCUACACAGCACCAUAUCGUGUCGUUGCUGGGCGGCGCUGCCUUCGACGACGUCUACAUUUUCAAUCCGCAGCAGUCGUCGCAGUGGGAUGGGCUGAGACACUUCUCCGCGCCGUUUCCCACGCCUGAAGACCCCUCGCGGAGGUUAUUCUACGGGGGGGUCACUGCCGCGGAGAUUACGGACCGGUCAAAUCACAGGAUUGGCAUGCAGCAUUGGGCGAGGGAGGGGAUUUGCGGGCGUGGUGUGCUGUUGGAUUAUGUGGCGUGGGCGGAGAGGAACGGCGUUGAGUAUAGUACGUUUUCGAAUCAUGCUGUUCCGCUGAGGGUGCUGAAGCAGAUUGCGGAGGAGCAGGGCGUGGUGUUCAAGAGGGGGGAUGUUUUGUUCGUGAGGAUAGGCGUGACGAGGGAGUGGGAUACGAGGAUGAGGCCGGCGGAUAAGUUGGCGUAUGCGGGGGAUUCUAAUCCGCAGCAUGCUGGGGUGGAGGGCACGGAGGAGAUGCUGAGAUGGAUAUGGGAUGAAGGCUUUGCGGCUGUGGCUGGGGAUGCUAUUUCCUUUGAGGUGUAUCCCAAGCAGGAGAGUUACAAGACGGAGGACGGGGGUGAGGUGCCGGGGCUGUUGAUGCAUGAGUAUCUGAUUGCGGGUUGGGGAUUGGCAGUAGGUGAGUUAUUUGAUUUGGAAGAGUUGAGUAGGACGUGUCAGAGGUUGGGGAGAUGGGAGUUCUUCGUGUCGAGUGCGCCGUUGAAUAUGCCGGGAGGUGUGAGUAGUCCGCCUAAUUGUCUGGCGAUAUUUUAA